AUGGCUACUGAUUAUUUCAGAUUUGAAGGGAUUUCUUUCAUGAAAAAUGUACACAGUACUGAAAUCUUGAAAACCUUGCAGGAUGAAUUUGUGGUGAGGGAUGGAGAUGUCAUUACCCUUGCUUAUCCAAAAUCAGGAACCAACUGGAUGAUAGAGAUCAUCAGUCUCAUCCACUCCAAGGGAGAUCCCAGCUGGGUCCAGUCUGUUUUAAACUGGAAUCGUUCACCGUGGAUAGAAACAAGAAUUGGGUAUGAAAGGGUAAAAAAUCAGAAAGAUCCACGAAUGUACUCUUCACACCUCCCAUUUCAAUUAUUUCCCAAGUCACUCUUCCAUUCCAAGGCCAAGGUUAUUUAUGUAAUCAGAAAUCCCAGAGAUGUUAUUACUUCUGGUUAUUAUUUCUUCAAAGCAUUGAAAUGUGUCCAGACUCCAGAGUUAUUUGAACAAUAUCUUGAAUGUUUCCUCCAAGGAAAUGUGUUCUGUGGAUCAUGGUUUGACCAUACUCAUGGUUGGCUGUCAAUGAGAGGAAAAGAGAAUUUCCUGAUAAUUUCAUAUGAGGAGCUGCAUCAGGACAUAAGGGCCAGUGUAGAGAGGAUCAGCCACUUCUUGGACAAGAAGCUAAGCUCAGAAGAACUCAACUCGGUCCUCAAGCACGUAUCUUUCGAGGUCAUGAAAGAUAAUAAAAUGAGCAAUUUAUCCCUAAUAGCAGACGAAUUUAUGGAUCACAGCAAAGGGAAAUUGAUGAGAAAAGGAAUCACUGGGGAUUGGAAAAAUCAUUUCACGGUGGCUCAGAGUGAAGCCUUUAAUAAAAUAUACCAAGAGAAGAUGAGGGAACUUCCUCAAGGGCUUUUCCCAUGGGAAUAA